AUGGCAUUCAUUUCACGAUUCCAACUUUGGAUCGCUCCCCGUUAUGGUCGCAAAAGCCUCGCCAAGCAUCCGUCUGCCGCUGACUCAGUUACAAGUCCCAUUGAUCAUAUUGCUGUUGAUAUUAAGAUAACUGUGGAUGUAAUUUUACCAGAAGGACAAAUUAUCAAAGGGAUUGAGUCACAAUCGCAUAUGAUUGCAACGUCCAUAGGAACCAUUUCAACUGCUACUCAAGAAGUUCCAAAGAUGAAUAGGGCGUCUGCGAUCCUGUCACACGUAACAGCUGGUUUAGAGAAAGAUUUCAUUUUAGCCAUACACUCGGACGACAUGAGACCUUACGCCCUUUUGGAAACUCACCCCACGAUUCCGAAUUAUCGAGCCCUGGGAGCAUCAUUUAUCACGCAGUUCUCUCCUCCAGAUUCGUCACCGCCAUCGCCUUCAGAGAUUGUUUUUGUUGCGGAAUACAGUAGCCACAUGAGAGCCCAUAUUCCUAUGAUUGUCUUGGCUUUAAAUGUAUUCCUCAAGCCACUCCCAACUAAUGUGAAAUUUAAUAUUCGCUCUUUCAGAACGAAAGAUGACUUCUUAUGGCCCCAGAGCAAGAACUACAGUAGCGAGACUCUCCAAGAGGCUAUGCAAUAUAUAAAGACAUUUGAUGCUAGCUAUGGAGGGAUGGGAAAACUUAAGGUAAUUAAAGAUACUAUUGACAGUCGAUUACCUGAGAUACCACUAGAAACCAUCCUCCUUACUAGUGGGAACACCAGUAAGGAAAUACCUCUUAUUGCUUAUGUUAGCGAUCAGGUGGAGAAAGCACAAGGAAAGAUUCGAAUAUUUUGCCUUGAAAUUGGAAAUACCGUUUCAGGUACCAUGAUUGAACGACUCUUAAGAAUAGGGAACGGGUUUUCUCAAUGUGUACAGCAUGGAGAGCGAUUAGACGCAAGUGUCAUUCACAUACUUCGCGAAGCACUUAGCCCACACAUCGCGGAUGCUAUAUUUGAGGUCAAGUACGAAGAAGAUGAUGACUUCGAGUUAGUUGAUGAGGUUACAGAUAAAAUGGAAAUUUUGCUCUCCAAGCACGAAGAAUCAACUAUCCCUUCACCAGUGCCUGGUUCCAACAACAAAGACACCGAUGCAUCGGAACCUUGCUAUCCACCGAUCAUCCAGGCACCACAUAAAAUACCUGGUCUCUUUGCAGACACUAGAACAACUGCAUAUCUCCUUAUGUGUCCAAGAAAGAUACAGAGACGCCCAAAAUCUAUCACUCUACGCAGGUCGUCGGCCGAUGAACCACCAAUUCUCGAGAUUCCAAUUCAAGUGCUCCCAGGAAAAGGCACAACAAUCCAUCAGCUUGCAGCCCGAAAGGCAAUGGAAGGCCUUGAAGACUUCCAAGGAUGGAUGUACAACCAGAAAACUUCGGAAAGUCAAACCUUAGCCGAGAAAGAAGCCGUUCAACUGGGCGAGACAUUCCAAGUCAUGAACAGAUGGUGUUCAUUCGUAGCCGUCGUGUCAAGCGACAAAGAAAUCCUCGACAAAAAAUCAUUUCCACCAAACCUACCAGACGCAAAGUCAACAUCGAUCAUCAUACCACCGCCAAGCCCCCUGAAAAGCCCAGAAACGAACCCAAAUCCAGCUCCUAUAUCCGCUAUCUAUAAUAGGCGUCCAAACAUGGAUAGACGCCCAAUUUGGAGUAGACCAAACGCGAUUUUGCUGCCACCAGGUCAGCCUAUUCCAUCAGCCAGUCAUAGAAUCCACCCGUGUCAAGAAAACCCACAUGUACCAGUCGUUUUUUCAAAUCCUAACACGACGAAAAUUCUCUCUUUCAUCGAUCUGCAAUCUUUCGACGGUUCGUGGGAUGCGCAUACCCACAGCGAGACCCUAUCAUCUAUCCUAGAAUUCGAGAUACCUAAGCCUGGGCUGUCAAAGGUUAUAGAUGCGGAUAUUUGGGUCACGGUACUGGUGGUCCGGUUUUUGGAAAUUCGUAUACCGGAGGAGAAAAAUGUGUGGUGUUUGAUUGUGGAGAAGGCGCGCCGGUUUGUGAGGGUGCGUUUAAAUGCUUCGGGAGAUAUGGAUUUACUUUCUCUUGAGGAAAUGGCUGGGGCGGCUGUUCUGAUUACUUGA